GGGGGGCCCAGGGAGGGGUGAACAAUUUACUUAAUUUCUCCGAUACAGGGUUGCGAAGCAACUUCAAUGCCUAGUUGUGUGGGCUACAGGGAUAUCCUUGUUCGAAUCUCUUAAAUCUCACUUUUGAAUGAAGAGCUGAAUUUACAACUAGGUGUCGCAGGAUUAUGUCUAUUUUGAGAACUCCUCCAGCAAUCCUUACCUGGUUAGACGGAUUGAGGAGCUCAAUAAGACUGCAAAUGGAAAUGUGGAAGCAAAGGUUGUUUGUCUUUUCCGGCGAAGGGAUAUUUCUAGUAGCCUCAACAGCCUGGCUGACAGUAAUGCUAGAGAGUUUGAGGAGGAGUCAAAGCAGCCAGGAGUCUCCGAGCAGCAGAGACAUCAACUGAAGCACCGAGAACUUUUUCUCUCUCGGCAGUUUGAGUCGUUACCAGCUACCCACAUAAGGGGAAAGUGCAGUGUGACUCUUCUGAAUGAGACAGAUAUCUUGAACCAGUAUUUGGAAAAGGAGGACUGCUUUUUUUACUCACUGGUGUUUGAUCCUGUGCAGAAGACCCUUCUAGCUGAUCAAGGGGAGAUCAGAGUUGGUUGCAAAUUCCAAGCUGAGAUCCCAGAUCGUUUGGCAGAGGGAGAAUCGGAUAAUCGAAACCAGCAGAAGAUGGAGAUGAAAGUCUGGGACCCAGACAACCCUCUCACAGACCGGCAGAUUGAUCAGUUUCUCGUCGUGGCCCGAGCUGUGGGAACCUUUGCAAGAGCCCUAGACUGCAGCAGCUCGAUUCGGCAGCCAAGCUUGCAUAUGAGUGCAGCUGCUGCAUCCCGAGAUAUCACCCUGUUCCAUGCCAUGGACACACUGCAAAGGAAUGGGUAUGACUUGGCUAAGGCCAUGUCAACCUUGGUACCACAAGGGGGCCCAGUGCUCUGUCGGGAUGAGAUGGAGGAAUGGUCAGCUUCCGAAGCUAUGCUGUUUGAAGAGGCUCUAGAGAAAUAUGGAAAAGAUUUCAAUGAUAUCCGACAGGACUUUCUACCCUGGAAGUCACUUGCAAGCAUAGUCCAGUUUUAUUACAUGUGGAAAACAACAGAUCGGUAUAUUCAGCAGAAAAGAUUGAAAGCUGCUGAAGCGGACAGCAAACUGAAACAGGUGUACAUCCCUACCUAUACUAAGCCAAACCCUAACCAGAUCAUUUCUGUGGGUUCAAAACCUGGCAUGAAUGGGACUGGAUUCCAGAAAGGCCUGACUUGUGAGAGCUGCCACACCACACAAUCUGCCCAAUGGUAUGCCUGGGGCCCACCUAACAUGCAGUGCCGACUUUGUGCUUCCUGUUGGAUUUACUGGAAGAAGUAUGGGGGACUGAAGACUCCAACCCAGCUUGAAGGGGCUGCCCGGGGCAACACAGAGCCACAUUCAAGAGGUCAUUUAUCUAGACCUGAGGCCCAGAGUCUCUCCCCCUAUACCACCAGUGCUAACCGGGCCAAGUUGUUGGCUAAGAACAGGCAAACUUUCUUGCUCCAGACAACAAAGCUGACUCGUCUUGCCAGACGGAUGUGUAGAGACCUGUUACAGCCAAGGAGGGCUGCCCGAAGACCCUAUGCCCCUAUCAAUGCCAAUGCCAUCAAGGCUGAAUGCUCUAUCCGUCUUCCUAAGGCUGCCAAGACACCACUGAAAAUUCACCCUCUAGUGCGGCUGCCCCUGGCAACUAUUGUCAAAGAUUUGGUGGCCCAGGCACCUCUGAAACCAAAAACACCUCGGGGCACCAAGACACCAAUCAACAGAAACCAGCUGACCCAGAAUCGAGGCCUUGGGGGCAUUAUGGUGAAACGUUCCUAUGAGACUAUGGCAGGGGCAGGGGUCCCCUUCUCUGCGAAUGGAAGGCCUCUGGCGUCAGGGAUUCGUUCAAGUUCACAGCCAGCAGCCAAGCGUCAGAAACUAAAUCCUGCUGAUGCUCCCAAUCCAGUGGUAUUUGUGGCCACAAAAGAUACCAGAGCUUUAAGGAAAGCUCUAACUCACCUGGAAAUGCGCAGAGCUGCCCGAAGGCCCAACUUACCCUUGAAGGUGAAGCCAACGCUGAUGGCAGUGCGGCCCCCAGUUCCUCUGCCUGUAUCCUCACAUCCUGCCAGCACCAAUGAGCCCAUUGUUCUGGAGGAUUGAGCAUCUUAGGAGAAGGGAGGUGGGAUGAGAAGUAGAGGGGUGGGUGUCCAGGCAUACAAAUCUCCACUCUCUUUGGUAUCAAAGGGAGUAAGGAGUGAAAGUGGGUUGAAGCUGGUAUGUGUCCUUGGAGGGGUUGGACACCACCCUCUGGUGUUAACUGCCAGUAACUCCCCCUUUUGGGCUUCAUGUCUGUGAUGGAGAACAGCCUAUAGGCACUUGCCUAUGUGUGUAUCUACCCCAUUUGGGGCUGGGACCCACAGUUGGUUUGGACAGUUUGGGGGGAGGGUUUUUUAAUUUUUUUAAAAAUUUUGCCUCCCUUUAUAAAAGGGAGGGAGGAGGGGAAGAGUAAACAGAUAUCAGGUGUUGGCAGGAGGAAGGGCGAGUACACUGCCAUGUCUCUAACUUUUUUUCUUUAUUUUCUAAUUGGGGGUUUCUCUUACUGUCCGGUGUCCGGACUUUCCUAAUUGGAGUUUGAGGGCCCUAAGCUGGCAUCAACCCCAGCCCAUGCUCACUCUUUCUUCCCUCCCCUUUCCCCCUCUGCCUUUUAUAUGCCAAUUCUCAGAAAUAAAGAUCUUUUGUCCGUUUUUUAACCUCAGAUUCUGUAAUUGGUUCUUAUAGUGACAAAUAAAAUGCUGUUUUCUUCA